UAAACAAGGAGCCCGGCCGGCCAAGGCGGAUUUUUCACUCGUCUGUUUCCCGCGCUCCGGCGCUCCGAAUCUUUGGAUCGCGUUUGUGGGCUUGCGGCAAACAGCCAGGAGGCGGAAGACCCGGCACCAACUGCGGGAAAGCAUGCCUCAGACGCCUCCCUUCUCAGCAAUGUUUGACAGCAGUGGCUACAACCGAAACCUGUAUCAGUCUUCAGAGGACAGCUGUGGAGGGCUGUACUAUCAUGACAACAACCUGCUGUCAGGUUCCCUGGAGGCACUCAUCCAGCACUUGGUACCCAACGUGGAUUAUUAUCCUGACAGGACAUACAUCUUCACCUUCCUGCUCAGUUCUCGGCUAUUUAUGCAUCCCUAUGAGCUCAUGGCCAAAGUGUGCCACUUAUGUGUGGAGCAUCAGAGACUAAGUGAUCCUGAGAGUGAUAAGAGCCAGAUGAGAAAAAUUGCACCUAAGAUUCUCCAACUCCUGACAGAGUGGACAGAAACGUUUCCUUAUGAUUUCCGAGAUGAAAGAAUGAUGAGAAACUUAAAAGAUCUGGCUCACCGAAUAGCCAGUGGCGAAGAGCAGACGUACCGGAAGAAUGUGCAGCAGAUGAUGCAGUGUCUGAUCCGCAAGCUUGCCGCACUCAGCCAGUAUGAGGAGGUGCUGGCAAAAAUCAGCUCCACAUCCACGGAUCGGCUCACCGUCCUCAAGACCAAGCCGCAGUCCAUCCAGAGGGAUCUCAUCACUGUGUGCAGCGACCCGUACACGCUGGCCCAGCAGCUGACUCACAUAGAGCUGGAGAGGCUCAAUUACAUCGGACCAGAAGAGUUUGUCCAGGCGUUCGUGCAGAAGGACCCUUUGGACAAUGACAAGAGUUGCUACAGUGAACGGAAGAAAACCCGCAACUUAGAAGCCUAUGUGGAAUGGUUUAAUCGCCUCAGCUACUUGGUUGCCACGGAAAUCUGCAUGCCUGUAAAGAAGAAGCAUCGAGCAAGGAUGAUUGAGUAUUUCAUUGACGUAGCACGGGAGUGUUUCAACAUUGGCAACUUUAAUUCCCUGAUGGCAAUCAUCUCUGGAAUGAACAUGAGCCCAGUCUCCCGACUAAAAAAAACCUGGGCCAAAGUGAAGACGGCCAAGUUUGACAUUCUUGAGCAUCAAAUGGACCCUUCAAGCAAUUUCUAUAAUUACCGUACGGCUCUCCGAGGAGCAGCACAAAGAUCUUUAACUGCUCAUAGCAGCAGAGAGAAGAUUGUGAUACCAUUCUUCAGUCUCUUAAUCAAAGACAUUUAUUUCCUCAAUGAGGGCUGCGCCAACCGCCUCCCUAAUGGUCAUGUCAAUUUCGAGAAAUUUUGGGAGUUGGCCAAACAAGUGAGUGAAUUUAUGACUUGGAAGCAAGUGGAGUGUCCAUUUGAGAGGGACCGCAAGAUCCUGCAGUAUCUUCUCACAGUCCCGGUCUUCAGUGAAGAUGCUCUUUAUCUGGCUUCUUAUGAGAGUGAAGGUCCUGAAAACCAUGUAGAAAAAGACAGAUGGAAGUCUUUAAGGUCCAGCCUCUUGGGUAGAGUUUAACAAAUGGGAGACAAUUGUUGCCGCACUGCUGCUGCUGCUGCUGCUGCUGCUGCUGAGGAAUGCUGUAGAUCCCUGAAGGGCUGCCUUUGGUUUUCUGGCAUCACAUUCCAGAACAAUCAGGAAAGACCCCACCUUCAGCAAAGCCGGCACACUCCUUGACAGAGAGCUCCUGAGGACCCGAAUUCCCCAUAGCCCACAGAUAGACACAGCAGUGUUCUACGGAAGACACUUAAGAAAGACUUCUCCCCGGGCUGGCUGUGCGCAUGAUUCACCGCCUGGAAUUUCCAUGUGAAUCACAGCUCUGCACCUGGAUGCAGUCUUGUCUGUGUGUGGGUUUUUUUUUUUUUUGGUUGAACAUUUGCUGCUAAUGGGACUUACCUUAGAAAGCCCAUGUGUCUUUGUUAACUUAAAUGAAAAAGGGAGAGGAGGGAGGGGAAAAACACUGUCCAUUCCGAUCUGGAACCUUUAGCUGGCGCGGCUUGGCAGAGAGGGCCGGCCACGGGAGCCGGAUGCUGCCUGCGGACCUUGCUUCCCAUCCUGAUUGCUGUGCAGUGAAUUCCUCUCCUCCCUCUUCCUACAAGGUUUUGAGUUGGCUGCUGGUUAGCAAACUCCUUUGUACCUAUAUAAGUUAUUUAAUAUAAUAAUGAAGCUCAACACUGUGGUAGGAAAAUAGCCACUAGGACAAAAACGAAACGAAACAGAAGACAAGCAAAAAGCAGAGUUUGUCGUUGGACUGCUUACCAGGCGAGGACUUGCUGGUUGUCGUCACCCUCCUGAGUUGUUUACAAGGGACCAUUAUGUUCUACAGAAGCAUUUUUCAGUCUUUUUUUGUUGUUGUUGUUGUGUUUCAUUUUCAAUGAAUGUCUUAUUUUUUUCCUUGUAACUUUAAAUGAUCAGACUUUAAGGGUCUUGAAAAGCCCACAGUAUAAUGACCUAAUGACAACUUAAAUUUUUUUUUAACUGACUCUUAUUUUUCCAUUACUUGUGGAGUCUCUUGGAGACCAACCUGUACACAAAGGGAGCACUGGGAAAGGUAGCCCGUCCCCUCCCCCGCCCGCCACUGCAGCAGUGAACCAAACCCAUGGGAAACACCUUGCUGUGAAUGGGUGAUUUCAUGGUGCCACAGUGAUCUUGUUAAACAUCUAAGUGAGUCUGCAGCUGCUCUGCCAACAGCCGUGAUAUGUAUUUACUCUAGGAGAAACUGUAGAGUAGUAUUCUAUGCUAACAGAAAAACAAAAACACCAUGUGUCAAACAGAAAUGCAUUUCCAAACUUAAUGGCAUGGUUUCCAGAAACAGAGCAUGCCUGUAUGCUGUGCGCCAUCCCAGCAGACCUCAGAUGUCUCCAAGUCGUCCCUUUACAGCAAUCAAUAUAUUUUACACUCUGCA